CAAGGGUGGAAUUUUUUAGUAAUUUAGAUUUUGAAAAUAUUUACUUAUCCAAUUUCAAUCUAGCGAUAGAAAUUAACAAGAAAAUUUCUUACUUUUAAUGCACAUUUAUAAUCAAUUUUUCGAUAACUACAUAUGUAUGUAUGUAUAUGUAUGUAAGUAUUUAUAAGUGAAUAAAUACAUUACUAAAAUUGAUUUCAUAAGUAAUGGAAUUAAAUUCCAUAGGCACAUCAUACACAACGUUUACGUAUUUAAUUUGUAUGUCCACAAGCCAAAUAUGACCACUUAUUUAGCAAACAAACUAGGUAAUAAAAUAAGCAAUCACCAAAUUAAUAGAGCUCUCAGCUUCAACUCGUUCACUCUACAGAUACAAUAACACUGAUACACAGAAUUUGGACAAUAGUUUGUCAAGAAUUAUAUUAUUUAUAGCAAGUUUGCCACUGGCAACAAUAUGGAUAAUUUCGUAACAACGAUAUUUAAAAUUUUGGGAUAUUUCCCAAUCUCAAUUGCUAAAAAACCAUGGAACAAUUUAAUAGUAUCACCACCCUUUCCAAAUAAAACGAAGAACAAAUCCACACUAUUUUGGACUAACUUGUCUUGUGCAGCACCUGUCAUAUCAUUUUCAUUCUUGGUAUGUUCCGUUCUCACAAUUUUUUUCGUCAUCUUGCCCGACAUCAUAUCCCAUCCUACUGCGCAUAUUCGCAAACGGAGACGACAAACAAACACAUUUUACGCAGCUCUUAUUUUGAAAUGCAUUUUACACAUUUUCACCGCAAGUUUCGUCAAGGUGGGAAUGUUUCUGGAGAGAAAAUCGUUAACAAAGCUGUACAAGGAUAUUCACAAAUUGUCCAUGUUACUCUACAGAUUCAACGUUUCAAAUGGUCUGGUUCCCUCAAAAACCGGGCCAAAAACCGGAAAUCGGUUCAGUGCACAGUUAUUAAUUCAAAUCCUACUUUUCCUCACCAUAAUUUCAGUAGGUAUGGCGGAAAUAAUUUACAACAUGCUUUCCCAACCAGGGGUAAAAUUCCCGUUCGUAUUUGUCUACUGUGCACCGGUAGGCUUGGGAUAUUUUCACUCGAUAUUUUCAUUCGUGCUGGUUUACACGCUUAAUUGGUUUCUAGAAUUGUUACUCCAAAUUAAAGUUAUGGUAGAGUGGGAGCGUGAACAAAUAUUGGGGGCGGAGUUUUUAAGUGGCGUAGAAAAUUUUGAAAUUCAAAGUAUUAUGAAUUUUUAUGCAUUUCUGCACCAGCAAGUGAAAUGCUUUAAUAAAUUGUUCGGAAUUUGGGUGACGAUUGACAUGAUUCAUAGCAUCGCGAGAAUUAUUUUCUCGAGUUAUUUCCUCGCGACGCAGACGAACUAUGCAACGCUGAAUGGGAUUUCGGGAACGGUGCAUGAUUUUAUGACGGUUGGACUGUAUUUUUACAUCAUUUAUGCCGUGUGUACGAAAGCGUCGGAACUUGUGGAGGAAAGUGGAGGAAUUGUGAAGGAUUUGAACUCGUUUAUAAAGUUGGUCAACCAGAAUAAGAAUUAUUGGGGAAAACUGUACAGGAAAUCGGAUCCGCUUCGUGUACAGACUAAUUUCUUUAACGUAAAUCUUCAACUUUUGACACCGGUUGUCGGGACUAUAACUACAUAUCUCAUUGUAUUAAUACAGUUUCAAGGGAGUGGCUGAAAUUAGGAAUAUGUUCUAACAAAUAUACAUCAUCAUAAUUAUAAUAGUGAUGUACAUACGUAUGUAUGAAGGAUUCUUUUUGUGAGACCAUAUACUAAAAUAAUUCGAACCGAAAUUGUCGAUAAAUACUUACAUACCUUAUUACCUUGAUUUGGUAAGAAUUUGCCAAAUUGUGAGACUACCAUAAAGUACACAAGUUUUACUGUUCUGGAAGUAUUAUUGCAUGGAA